GGAAGAGGUGUACAAUGCCAUACGGAUUAUGAUAACCUGCUACGUGUGGAUGACCGGUUUCGGAAAUUUCAGUUUCUUUUACAUCAAGCAGGACUUCGGCGUGGUGCGCUUCCUCCAAAUGCUUUGGCGGCUCAAUUUUCUUGUCAUUCUCCUUUGCCUGAGCCAAGGGAACACGUACAUUCUGUAUUACAU